UUCCCGCAUCGCAGCAUCUAGAAAGCAUCCUGGGAGGCUGCCCUGCGUGCAGCCUGGUCACAUGGGCCUGGGCUCUCGGUUCAGCUCAUUAGUCAGCCAUUUUGGUCAACACCCAGCUCACUGCGCACGACCAAUCCUGUGGGAACUCAGCAUCCUGGCUCAUCUGAGCAGAUUCGGGAGUGAUUUCUGCAGUUCGGAUCUUUUUAAGGCUGAGUUGAAAAUACAGGUUUAUUUUUCAUUAAAUUUUUUUCCUUUGGUGGUUUUUUUUUUUUUUUUCUGCACAAAGAAAGGAUUUUUUUUACUUACUCAUGCCGAGGCCAAAUUUUUAAAGCUAGCUAAGGCAGCAUUGGCUGUGCAGGAUUGGAAGCUCUGCUGAGAGAAAAGGAAAGGACAAUAAGGAGAGGACGCUGGGAGAAGACCUCAUCAUCCUGUUUUUUGCGUGGUAGGAAUUGUCAGUAAGGAAGGACAGUGUAGAAUUAAUUGUCUCUCUGGAGCACUUGCCUUUAUACGGUGUUUUUCCUUGGGGUGUUUUUAAACCUCCCCACCCUUUUUCUUGAAAGCUUUGUUUCAGAGCUUUGGACUGGGGACUUUUUUUUGUGUGUGUGUGUGUGGUCUUAUUUAUUGUGUGUGUGUGUGUGUGUGUGUGUUGUGGUCCCAGCUGAGUCAUCAUGUCUGCUCUGACGCCUCCGACCGACAUGCCAACCCCCACCACUGACAAGAUCACACAGGCUGCCAUGGAGACCAUCUACCUUUGCAAAUUCCGAGUGUCCAUGGAUGGGGAAUGGCUCUGCCUGCGCGAGCUGGAUGACAUCUCACUCACGCCAGACCCAGAGCCGACCCACGAAGACUCUUGGGAGGAUUUGACAGAUUUGGUGGAGCAAAUGCGCGAUGAUGCAGAAGACCCGAAUUAUCUCAUGGCUAACGAACGCAUGAACCUGAUGAACAUGGCCAAGCUCAGUAUCAAGGGUUUGAUCGAGUCAGCUCUGAACCUGGGCAGGACUCUGGACUCUGACUAUGCACCCCUCCAGCAGUUCUUCGUGGUGAUGGAGCACUGUCUGAAGCAUGGCCUGAGAGCGAAGAAAACCUUUCUUGGACAAAAUAAAUCCUUCUGGGGGCCUCUAGAACUGGUAGAAAAACUUGUUCCAGAAGCUGCAGAAAUAACAGCAAGUGUUAAAGAUCUUCCAGGACUCAAGACACCAGUAGGCAGAGGAAGAGCCUGGCUUCGUUUGGCAUUGAUGCAAAAGAAACUGUCGGAGUACAUGAAAGCCUUGAUCAAUAAAAAGGAACUUCUCAGUGAAUUCUAUGAACCGAACGCCCUCAUGAUGGAAGAAGAAGGGGCUAUUAUCGCUGGUCUGCUGGUGGGGCUGAAUGUCAUUGAUGCUAAUUUCUGUAUGAAAGGAGAAGAUCUGGACUCUCAGGUUGGAGUUAUAGACUUUUCCAUGUAUCUGAAGGAUGGGAACAGCAGUAAAGGUAGUGAAGGGGAUGGUCAGAUUACUGCAAUUCUGGACCAGAAGAACUAUGUCGAAGAACUCAACAGACAUCUGAAUGCUACAGUAAAUAACCUCCAGGCCAAAGUAGAUGCAUUAGAAAAAUCCAACACUAAACUGACAGAGGAGCUUGCCGUUGCAAACAACAGGAUUAUUACCUUGCAAGAAGAAAUGGAACGAGUGAAAGAAGAAAGCUCCUACAUACUGGAAUCCAGUCGGAAGGGUCCUAAGCAAGACAGAACUGCUGAAGGGCAAGCACUAACUGAAGCAAGAAAGCAUUUAAAGGAGGAGACACAAUUACGAUUGGAUGUUGAGAAGGAGCUGGAGCUCCAGAUCAGCAUGCGGCAGGAGAUGGAGCUGGCCAUGAAGCUGCUGGAGAAGGACGUGUGUGAGAAGCAGGAGGCGCUGGUGUCGCUGAGGCAGCAGCUAGAUGACCUCAGGGCUCUCAAGCAUGAACUGGCCUUCAAGCUGCAGAGUUCAGACUUAGGAGUAAAACAGAAAAGUGAACUAAACAGUCGUUUGGAAGAGAAGACUAAUCAGAUGGCUGCUACCAUUAAACAACUGGAACAAAGAUUGCGCCUGGCUGAGCAAGGCCGCCAGUCGGCUGAGUUGGACAACCGGCUCUUCAAGCAGGACUUCGGGGACAAGAUCAACAGUCUGCAGCUGGAAGUGGAGGAGCUGACCAGGCAGCGGAACCAACUUGAAUUAGAAUUAAAACAGGAAAGAGAAAGAAGGUUACAGAACAGUCGGAGCCUGAGCCUGCCCGGCCAGGCUUCGCGGAGGCCGGAGCCCAAGACGGAUGGGAGGCACAGAAUUCAAGAGGAAAAUGUUAAACUAAAAAAGCCCCUGGAAGAAAGCCACAGGCUGCAGUCUCACCCUGCAGAUGAACAGGACUCCGCGUGCCAGGACUGCACAGGGACCGCCAGCAGCUCCUGCUCCAUGCCCCAGCCGCCUCCAACCUCGAGUGCCAGCACGGGCACCAGCACCCGCAGCUCCAGCUAACAACACAGUGGCCCACAGCCCGGCCAAGGCUGGUGGCCAGGACCUGGUGGAUACCCGGGCAGGGCCCCCUUUCCUGUGUCAGGAUCCCGAACGCCCUUGCUCACAGGUGACAGGAAUGACUUCAGCAGACCAGGUCCAGAAAGAAAGGCAGUGUUGGAUGCUAGAAACUGUGCUCGUUUUCCCUAAUGACUAGCUCAAUAAAAGUUACUGGGUAGAGCCUUUCUUUUCUAUAUCAAACGCACUGUGAAGGGCAUGGAGGGCUGCUCCUAAGAAUAGUGAUGGUGACCCUGGGGUUGAUGUACUGCAAGAUACACAAGCAGACCGGAAUGGAGGGGCUGGAGAAGUGGCUCUGGUGCUGCACUCAUGUAGCACGUAGCAGACCCUGUGUUUCACCCACAGCACCCAGGAAAAGAGCAAUGAAAACGCACCGAGUCCCUCGAUUACCUUUGCAACUUCAAGGGGAAAAGAUCAAAGGAGAUGACAAUGACAGAUGGUGCCUGUUUCCCAGGUGCUGCUGCACGUAAACUUUGUUUCUUCAUUCCCAUGACUACCUCGGAAAGUACCUCCACCAAUCUGUGAACCCGCACUCAGGGAAAAGAAAGAGUAAUAUAAACCUGAAUGUAUUGAAAACGGUGUAACAGUUUCCGGACUGGAAUCUGCUAAUCUGGGCCUACAAGUGUUCUCACUAGCAGAAGAAAGAACUUUUUUUUUUUCUACUUUAUGGCUUCAAAGUUAACUAUCCGCCUUUUCCACGGCCCUGACUACCAGGAAAGGCAUUGCUGUUCCAGGCCCCCCAAGUCAUGUUGCAGGUUCUCCUGCACAAGCAGAAGUGCUGCUGAAAUUAAAGCUGUCAGGUUUGUUGAUGGCUGAGAGCAGUUGGCUCAGUGUGUACUAAGUGGUUCCCUGAAUAAGAAAAUCCUUAUUUUGAGCCAGGAAUCAGAGCUGUAGGUUGUUUGGAGGACGGCACUUGGGCAUCUCCGUAGGAAUCCUUUGGGGAAAGGGUGCAUUCAGCAGGAUUAUGCUGGAGCUUCUGGGUCGUCUGAUUCCUAGCUGUGACCUAAGAUCCAGCUUGGUACCAGCUUAGAAACUUGUAUAUAAAUACCCUAGACCGUAUUAUUAUUUGGUAAAAAGGUUAAGCUGGGAAGGAGUCUGUUGUUCUGCAAGCCUGGCCUGUUCCUUGCUGGAGCUGAAGCUGAAGAGUACUAAGGGAAAUAAAAUCAAUGAUUCUGGCCUAA